AUGUUGCAAGGAACUGGUUCCCCUUUUUCUCCACGUGUGGAAGGAUACCGGUUGCCUGAAAAAUUCAAGGCCCCUCCUAUGAUGAGUUAUAAGGGUGUCGGAGACCCGGUCGAACACUUAGAAGAUUUUCGAUCACAUGUGCGCCUCCUUGGCAUCCCAGAUGAAGUGGCUUGUCGGGCCUUUCCCCUCACUUUGUCAGGAAGUGCUCGAAACUGGUUCAGGAAGCUAUCCCCGGGCUCAAUUGACAAGUUUGAAGACCUAGGCCGGGUAUUUUUAACUCAGUUUAUGACUUCAUGGACCCGGAAGAAACCCCCGUCCUAUCUACUGACUCUGAAACAGCGCAAUGAUGAAACCUUGAAGCAGUUCAUAACGCGGUUCAACCUGGAGAAGACAGAAAUUGAAGAACCCUCAGAUGACCUCGUAUAUUCGGCAAUCUAUCACGGGCUCUUAACUAAAGAACCGGUAAUGAAGAAGAUGGCGCGAAGACCGCCGGGUGAUCUCCAAGAACUAAUGAGCAAGGUAGAAGAGUUCAUCAAUGAAGCUGAUGUCCUAGAAGCAAUAGAUAGCACAAGGAACCCGGAACAGAGAAUUGAAGGAAAGAGGAGAGAAGAAAGGAAGAAAGAAACCCGAAAGACAGUAGAAGAACUUAAGCUCCCAAAAAAGAAAUUCCGAGACUAUGGUUUCACACCUCUCAAUGCGGGAAUUUCAGAAGUAUUAAUGGAGGUCAAGAAGGAUCCGGAGUUUGUACGGCCACCAAAGAUACUGGGUAGUCCUCCCGAGAAGAACAAAGAUCGAUACUGCGAUUUUCAUGAAGCUAGAGGUCACUACACCGAAGGAUGCAUAGCGCUGAGGCUAUUGAUUGAGAAGCUCAUCAAAAACGGUAAGCUGGUUCGAUUCCUAGGGGAUCACAGGGAUCAACCAAGGAAUAACCGGGACAACCGGCCUUACAACAAUCGUGACCGGGAACACCAUCCUCGAGGCCGACCGCGCCAAGCUGAGAGAGGCAGGGAGAAUCACCCACGGGGGGACAGCCCACGAGAGCGUAAUCAAAGAGAGAGGAGUCGUAGCCGACAACCUAGAGAGUCGGGAAACCAGAUCAUAAUAGGAGAGAUCCGAACAAUCGCUGGAGGAUUUUCCGGGGGAGGAGAAUCUAAUCGUGCAAGGAAGGCUUAUGCGCGACAAGCAGGAAGUCAAGAGGUAUGGGCAGUCGAAAGGCCAAUGAAAGUUCAGAAAAAAGAGUCUUUAAUGAUCGGAUUCUCAGACGAGGACUAUGAAGGGAUAUCUUUCCCUCAUACGGAUGCUCUGGUAGUUACUUUAGCUGUGGCCAACCAUAAUAUGCACAGAAUUUUGGUAAAUAACAGAAGUUCAGCUGACAUUCUGUACUUGCCAGCUUUCAAACAGCUCAACAUAGGCCAAGAAAAGGUCGGAACAGCGAAAUUCUCACUAAUGGGAUUUGCGGGCGAGCAGGUCCAACCAGCUGGUACGAUUGAUCUUCCAGUGACAGCCGGCACUGUCGCUAAUCAGGCUACGAUAAUAGUAAGAUUCUUAUUGAUUGACCGGCCUUCGGCAUACAACGCCAUCAUCGGCAGAGCAGCACUCAAUGAGCUCAAGGCAAUAACAUCAACCCCUCAUUUAAAGAUGAAAUUUCCUACUGAUCACGGGGUCGGAGAAGUCAAAGGAGACCAGCGAGCAGCCCGCCAGUGUUAUAACGUGACUAUGAAAGACGUCCCCGGGAAGGCUACUCUCGGAACCGGGUGUAGCAGUGGUGAGAAAUAG